GAAGUAACUGGCACCUGGUUAUUUUCUACUUAAGAGUUGGGAAAUAAUAGACAAUGAAUUGUGCGCUGGUAAACUAGGAAACUAAACGUUGUACAGAGUUUUAUUCUUUAUAUAAUGAUUGAAACAUUUACUGGCAAAACAUCCGGUCACGGUACCUUGAUCAUGGUAUAUAACCGAUAAAUUGUGCAUUUCGUGAAAAAGCAGAAUAAUAAUGAAAAAAGCUACAAAUGUGGAUUUUUUUUCUUCAAAGAAGUAAACCUAAUGAACGUGAUACGCCAGCGCCUGUAUACCCAUUGCCUACGAAUUAGUGAUCAUCUUAGUGCACUGAAAUCCGUGAUAUUAAAAUUAGUUUUGAAAUAUGUGCCUAUUACGUGUAGUCGGCAAUUCUUAUAAUGGUGGUAGUUUUCUGUAUGCAAAAGCGAAUUGAAAAGAAAGAACACAGCUAACCGUAAUAAUAGUGAAAGGAAAAUCACCUUGCUUUCGUGCCUAUAGCUGGCUGUGUGUUACUAAAAAACGAAAACACUCACAAAAUAGGAUCCAAUACAAGAGAUAUGAAAAUGAGAUGACUGGGGCCAUGGACGGGAAGGCAACAGCAUCGGGAGAAGGUACCAGCGACAAUUCUCACAACCACCAAUACCAGUCCAUUGACCCUUCCCAGCUAAAUAUAUGUGAAAAUGGAAGUGCAACCGCCACUCUUGGAAGUAAACAAAGUGAUGUGAUCAACAUCUCAGAGAUGGACAGUAAAAGUGAAGGCAUUGUUGAAGACACUAACGAUGACGAAGGUGAAUCGAUGGAGCAGAAGCAGGUGUGGCAGAGGACAGCAACGUUCCUGGAGUAUGAUGCCGAUCAGCAUGAAUUGGAGCUCGAAAUGGGUUUUGUUGACCCAUCCAAUCCUCCCAUCCCUGGCUACAAUCUCUACUACAUGCAGUGGAGAACUCGCAGGUUUGUUGAACAUUUUGUGGUGCGGGUGCUCACUGCCCUGCUCAUUCUGGUGGACAUGCUGCUACUCUUUGUGGAUCUGUUCAAUGCUCCAACCGCAGAUGACCCCCUCGAAUACUGUUCCCUUGCUUUUUCCACAUACUUCAUGAUAGAGGUCAUCCUGAGGAUAUUUGGUCUUGGACCCAAGUAUUUCUUCCGUGCAUGGCACAAUGCUCUGGAUUGCUUCCUGGUGGUGUUUACCUUCAUCCUGUCUGUAGUGACAGUUUGCUUGGACAAUGUGUCGUCCAAUCCUGCAAGUCUCCUGGUGGUCUUGCGUCUUAUCCGCUUGGUAAGAAUCACCAGAAUACUAUGGGAGCGUCAGCAACUGCAGCGUGGAGCGCGUCAGUUUGUGUCUCAGAACAAAAGACGGUACCAGCAAAAUGGCUUUGACCUUGAUCUCACAUAUGUUACUUCAAGGGUCAUUGCUAUGUCGUAUCCAUCAACCGGCAAGAUGUCCAUGUACAGAAAUGACAUUAAGGAAGUUGCCCGCUUCAUGGACACUCAACACCCUGGCCACUAUCGCCUCUACAACCUUUGUUCAGAGCGUCACUACGAUGUGUCUCUCUUCCAUGGCAGAGUUGAACGCUACAUGAUUGAUGACCACAAUGUGCCUCCUCUGGCAGACAUGCUCAAGUUUAGUGCCAGUGUUCGAGACUGGAUGGACAAGGAUGACAAAAACGUGAUUGCCGUACACUGCAAGGGAGGCAAGGGCCGCACGGGCACCAUGAUUUGUGUCUUCCUCAUUGACCUUGGGAUCUUCAAAGAUGCUGAGCACUGCCUUGGAUUCUUUGGAGACAGACGCACUGAUAAGAAUGUUGCCUCCAAGUUCCAGGGGGUUGAGACACCUAGUCAGAGUCGAUACGUUGGAUACUAUGAAAGCGUGGUGAAGGCUGAAGGAGCGCUGCCCCCAGAGACUCCUUUGGUUAUCACUAGGAUUACUCUGAAGGGAAUGCAUUCUGUUGGUAUUGGGGAUGGCUCAGAGUUUUACUUCACACUUCAGAGCAGGUGCCACUCCAUUCCAUUCUUGGCCAACCUCAGAACUCAGAAGAACUGCAAGGUGAUGGUCGAGAAGGUCCGUGGCUUCGUGCACAUACAGCUGCUCAAUGCCCCUGUUAUUCGUGGGGACACUCGCAUAAUGUUCUUCACAGAUAGCAGGAAGAUUCCUCGAGGGUACGAGAAGAGCCCUUUCUUCUUCUGGUUCCACACCGGCUUUAUUACAGCAGGAAAACUUGACUUGGGUCGCAGUGAAUUGGACAACCCUCACAAAAGCAAGACUUGGCAUGUGUUCCAAGAGGACUUCGGGGUGACCGUAGACUUUGAUGCAGACCCAAUGAGUCGGGCGUACUGAUAUCAUUUUCAGAUAUAUUCACGGUUCAUUAAUGACGGAAUAGCAAUAUCUCACUACAGCGGGAAACAAAGCAACAGGUGAUGAAAUGUUAUAUUGAGUAAUUAACUUAAAAGAGUAAAGUUGUCAUAUAAUUCGAUGAAUUCAAGGAAAACAACUUCAGAUCAGCAAUAUACUACUAAUGUCAAAAACUAGUUCAUAUCAUAAACUGGUUCAUGAUACUCUCUUUUCAUAUUAGCUUUUUCAUAAUGUAUUAUAUGUUCUUGUUUGAAAUUUAUGAUCUGAAUCCAUCAUUUUGUUUUCCGAGGAUGUAGCUGUUUCCUGCCUCAGUUAAUGAAUUGCACAGUUAUAUAGUGUAAUGGUCUGAAAGUCCAUACCCUUCUAAUUAUCAUCAUGAAAAUUACUUCAAGUCUAGAAAGAAACUCCAGAAGUUUGUUUAUCUCUCUGGGAUUAGAUAAAUCACUUUAGUCAUGUGAGUGACCAGGGAUUCCUUUCCCAUCUCAUCCUAUGGGUAACAAUCAGCCAAUAAUCACCACCCAAAUCAGAAGAAGGAAAAUUUGGCAGGGAUCGAAACUCCAUUUACGACCCCCUCGUGGUGCAGUCUUUGCCCAAGUUGUUAUUGUUGUUAUUGUUGUUGUUGUUUUGUGUGUGUGUGGCAAUGAGAGAGUUGGCUAUGAUUUAUGUGUUGGUUCCCAUUGCUUUGGAAGGUUGCGAAUUGCAGGUUCUUGCAAUCAGGGGCCAGACCUACACCACCAGACGAUUGCAGGGGUGGGUAAGGAGAUUGAUCACAUCAUCGCAAGUAGUACCUGUUGGAGUACCAUUGAAAAUUGCAGGGUCUUCCAGAGUGCAGAGUUCCACCCAACUGAUCAUACACAUAUGUUGUUGCAACUCUUAAGCUUUGUUUUGAGUCAAGAAGAAUCUCAAGAUGAAAUCGUGCAGUUUCCAUUUAGGAAACGGAGACUUAUAGUGUGCUGAUGAGAAUGCAGUAACAAUCUCAAAUCGAUUCAAUAUGCUCGACACCAUCAAAGACUUUACAGAAUUGUGGGAUACCCUCAAACAUAAAACUUUCUAAGUACUUCAGAGGCCAAGGAGUUUUCUCUCUGGGGAAACGAUGCUGAAAAGGAAGGGUAACACUGCCAAACUUACUCGGAAUGAGGACCAGUAUAGGGCUCUGUAACGUUGGACUUGAAUUCUUUGGAGAAGAGACAAGGUCAAGAGUCUAGCUGAAGAUAUGGAGGGUCAUCAAAGCAAAUGGCCAACCUGUUUACCGAGCACUGCAGAAACCCCGCUAAGACACCCUUAGGGUUUGCAGAAUCCGAACAGCAGAUGGUUACCACACGUCAGACAUGAAUGGGCAGAAAGUCCGUUGUACUUAGUAUAACGUACGUUGUACUUAGUUCGUUGUACUUCGGUCCACUGUACAUGCCGGCCCCUAUGUGCAGGCAGCUCCCAAUCGUUGGGCUACAGCUAUUUGAUGCUAACCCACCUAUUGAUGAACCCCCUCCCCUAUCUUGGUAAAGUUAGAAGUUAUGUGGCAAGGUUGAAGGAUGGAAAGGUAGCAGGUAUCCGUAACAUCAGUGGAUCUGCUCAAAGAUAAAAUUGAAGCCAUGAAGUUUUGUUUGCAUGCGGUCUUGACUACCAUAUGAUAAUCUGGUACUAUACAUUUUCAGUGAUGAAGGGGGCCGGUCAUCGCUAACUUGAAAGGGAAAGAGGACGGAGUGACAUAACUGCUAUCACAGUAUCACACUACUCAUUGUGAUGGGCAAGGUGCUUGUAAGUCUAUCGCAAAUGUGGAAUUGCAGUCAUAUGCUAAUAUCGCAGAUGAUUCAGCAACUAUUGCAGUAUUACAUUGCUAAUGUGUCAGGCAAGGGGAGGUCGGGGUUGAGUGGUCACCGUGUGGGCUUGGUGUGCCCGAGAAUCUAGGUUCGAUCCCAACGAUCCACGCUGACAAUUUUCAGCCAUCGCCGAGUGGCGGAAGACUACCCACAUGCUGCCCAGACCUUCAUUCAGCCUUCACAUCAGCGAUUUCAUUCAAGUGGAGCACUGAGGGACAGCAUGGAUAUGCAGCUGAUGCAGUAUGUGUACAGGUGGCGGGCGCACAGGCUGACCUUGCAGGCCUUGCACACGUAGCUGCCCUUCUACCCCCGGGGCACUUCUUGCAUCGCUUCUCAGCGUUGAAGUGGGAGUUGUGCAGGAGCGCCAUGUCUCUCUCAAGACCAUCUAUUGCGCGUAUGGAGGGUGGGCCUUGGGUGGGCAGAUCAACCUAUCAACCCGGACUCUAGAUUGCCUCUCCAAAGAGAAGCUCAAAGAUGAGCUCCGGGGGGGUAGUAUGAGCCAAAACAAGAUGUCGCCACUAUAAACACUCGCCUGCGCCACAACGGGCUGGGCCGACCAUCAGGCCCCACCAGUGAAAAAGCCUAACGGCGCAAUAGACCGCGAUGUAACAAAAAAAAAAAAGGUCUUGCAAAUGAGGUCUCUCAGGUCCCGAGGGGGAGUUGGAAUAUCCGGAAUCUCGGAUGGCAUUAUAUGUCCUCUUUCACCAGUCAUGUCCAGAAUCCCAGACAAUAGGGCUGUAAAUUUAUGUUGUACAUAAGAGCCCCACAAAAGCAUCUCACACGACAAGACCACAACUCAAAGCGAGAUGUCAUCGGCGGCCAGCCUCAUAGGCCUAGCACCGUCUCGUCAACAUCACAAACUAUGCCCCUCUACGGAAUCCAAGACAACCCUGAUGAUUAAGGGUUAAGUGGGACACAGCACCAAUCUCCAGAAACUGAUAUUUUCUAUAACAUUGUUUCACCCGCCUCACCUAUACUGCACAAUCUUUAAAACCAUUAGUUACUUCGAUAAUGUUUUUUGUAUAAAAGUUUUCAGGUGAUUCCAAAUGUCUGUCUCCAGAUUCAGCGUCUUGUCUUUGCUUUUGUUGUAAAUUUGUAACCUUAUGGAUGGUAAGACGAUUUGCAAAACUACAAGAUCUCAGACUGACUAAGAAGAAGCAAGAUACUAAACAUAAGUUCUUGAGUUGUAGACCUUACAAAUGGCUGGUAAUUAGUUUUAUUUUUUCAUUGUUUUCUAUUGAUAAUUUAGUGUAUUUCAAAUUUAUUACCUUCUUUUCUGAUUAAUUCUGCUGUCUUUCAUGAAAAAAGACAGUUUAUUCAUUAUAGUUUGUAACAAUUUGUAGCCUGAAGCGAGGGACUCUGAUCACGCUUAGUGUCUCUGUAGCAAUCAUCUUCUUAUCUUUAGGUCCAGUAUAAAAAUCAAUGAAUGGCUGCUUUAUUUUUAACUUAAUUCAAGGAAAAAAAUACUUAAAAAAAUAAAAAUAAAUGUACUUAUCAUCUGUACAACAUUUGAAAUAGUUUUUUAUAUGCAUUUUAAAACAUAAUUGUGCUAAAUGUUGGGCAAAAAGUAAAGCCAAAUAUCGCUCACCAUUACAUUUAUUUUGUUAUGAAAAAGCGGAAACGCAUGAAUGGUAGUGGAGAACCUGUUGUUAUUCUUGCCGAAUGUAUCUUAAUUUUUACUACUGUUUAUAUUGCUCUAAAGAGAGAUAAAAUUAAUUUUACUGUUAAGUACAUAAAAACAAGAAAUAUAAGGAUUUGUUACCAUGA